AUGGUUAGGCAGAUUUUUGGUUUCAGUAAAAAAUUAUCCAAGAGCAAGAGGGAGCCCGAGAGGCAACGGGAUAAUAAAGGCUCAGAAGACAACAAUGAUAGUGAGCCAUCUGGUAACGACAGUGUGAGAUCUCAUGAUGUGAAUGAGGCAACAGCUUACGAUGACAGAUCAAGUAAAGUUGUGUCUUCACUUGGGUCUUCUGUAUUCUCCAAGAGUAAACUAACUUAUAGCACAGGUGGAACCUCUUCUAAUAUCAGUGGAAGCAGAAACAGUAAGAGACAUAUGACAGACAUUUCUGAGAGAUGUGACGGUAGUAGUGCAGAUGUCGGUAAACCUUUGAGAGUAGUGAACCUUGAGAAAUUUAAUUUGUUGAAUCCUGUUUUUGAAGAUGAGGGAAAUACGGAGGGAGAUUCAACAGUAGAUGAUACAAGUAAUACUAAUGCGUCCUUCACAACAUAUGCAGGAAAUGCAUCAUCAGACACUGCCUCUCGAUCUCUAGGGUCAUUAGAGCAACUUAAUAGUGAACUCUGUAUUUUGGAGGAUAAUCUAGUGACCCUAAUGGAUGACAUUCAUCAGAACGUCACAAAUAUCUCAAAGGCAGUUAUUCAAGCCAUUGAAUACUUCAAAAAAUUUCUACCACAUAGUACCGAUAGAUUACCAUUCAAGGUAACAUUCGACAGAUUCCCCUCUUUAAGAUGUAUUACAAAAAUAGUGCUGCAUUUUUCAGAUAAUCUCCUCAGUUCGGAAGUGUUUAGCAAUUCAAGAUCAAUUUUAUUAAGAAGGUAUUUACAUUUCCUGAAAAAACUAAAUAUUGUGAUAUCAGAUGAAGCUGGAUCUGGGUCAGGUAUUCUUCCCUGCUUGUCUAACUUCUGCAUAGAUUCUGAACAAAAUCUUCCGAACAUAGAAAAUAUAGAAAAAAUAAUAGAAGAAAUCUCGAAGUCGGACCCGGGAUCCAUUUCUGAUCAGGAUGGUGCUUUCGUUGCACCUAUAAUGAGAGGCCUCAGCCGAAAAGUUGGUAUAUUAACAGUCAUGUUCGGUAUACCGAAUCCACAACAAGAACAUUUCGACAUCGUGAAGGCGUUAUAUACUUUGUUUCCUGAUGUUCACUUCUUCUGUGCCAAAGACUACAUCAAACCGUGUGCAGAUAUCCUCCAAAGUCAUAUUCCAACUCCAAUGGAAUCACACCUCUCCGCACCUGAGAAAACCAUGUCUUUUCAUUUCGAGCCUCCGUACAGACUAGCAGUUGACGCCGAAAGGCCUCCUAUCUCAAUGUCACUAUCAUCAGACAAUAGCUCAAAAAUGACAGGAACGCUGGGUGGUUAUUUGUUUCCUCAAAUUGAAAAGGGCUCCAAGCUGUCACAGUUUGCAGGAGCUUCCUUUGCUAUCACUUGCUCUCACGUUGUUUUGUCAGAAUCGCAUGAUUACCCAUAUGUUUCAAUACCUUCAAAAGUUUUGCAGACAGCUUACAAAAACACUCUAUUGGAAGAGGCAAGAAGAUACCCUAAGCAUUCGAAGGAAGAAAGUGCAUUUAUCGAUGAGAGCAGUCGAAUAGAGAAUAAUAUCAAAUGGCAAGAAGAGAACAAAUUCGGUCAAGUUGUGUGGGGUGAGAGAUCAAUUAUAAAUCAAAAACUCUCUGAUUUUGCAAUCAUAAAAGUUAAUUCCAAAUACAAAUGUGAAAAUUGUUUAGGACUUGGUCUCUCCUCAGUCCCCGAUCCUACUUUGAAAUUUCAAAAUUUGUUCAUAAAAGAAAAAAUCUUGAAAUUGAAAUCUGGCAUGCGCGUAUUCAAAAUAGGUGCUUCGACAAACUAUACUUCAGGGGAGGUCAAUGCGGCGAAAUUGGUUCAUUGGGCCGACGGCAAAUUACAAAGUAGCGAGUUCGUCGUUUCUUCACCACUACCUCUAUUUGCAAGUGCUGGUGAUUCAGGCUCUUGGAUUUUGACCAAAUUAGAAAAUCAGCUAGGGCUAGGUGUUGUAGGAAUGCUGCAUUCAUAUGACGGAGAACAGCGACAGUUCGGAUUAUUCAGCCCAAUAGGAGACAUAUUGGAGCGUUUGCACGAUGUUACAGGGGUAUUAUGGGACAUUGACCCACAAAUUGAGUAG